AUGGAUCGUAGCUGGCAGACCUGUCGACAUCCGUCCAUUCUCUCUCUCUCUCUCUCUCUCUCUCUCUCUCUGGCAGACCUAUCGACAUCCGUCCAUUCUCUCUCUCUCUCUCUCUGGCAGACCUAUCGACAUCCGUCCAUUCUCUCUCUCUCUCUCUCUCUCUCUCUGGCAGACCUAUCGACAUCCGUCCAUUCUCUCUCUCUCUCUGGCAGACCUAUCGACAUUCUCGUCCUCUCUCUCUCUCUGGCAGACCUAUCGACAUCCGUCCAUUCUCUCUCUCUCUCUCUCUGGCAGACCUAUCGACAUCCGUCCAUUCUCUCUCUCUCUCUCUCUGGCAGACCUAUCGACAUCCGUUCAUUCUCUCUCUCUCUCUCUCUCUCUGGCAGACCUAUCGACAUCCGUCCAUUCUCUCUCUCUCUCUCUCUCUGGCAGACCUAUCGACAUCCGUCCAUUCUCUCUCUCUGGCAGACCUAUCGACAUCCGUCCAUUCUCUUUCUCUGGCAGACCUAUUGA